GUCCACGAUUUUCUCAUCUUCAAUCGAGUUGGAACAGUGAACCAAACGGGACCAGCUAGUUGUGACUCUUUUUCGUAGGAUCUAUCUGGAGGGUUUUUUAUCCUGGCUCUGAGAGGGCUGAGACGAGAAGAAAAUUGGAUCCCGAAUCCUAGGGAGGGGAGUGAGACCCAGCUGAUUUGGAAAUGAUCCAUCGAUGUUGAAAGUGCAAAGAUUUGAUCAUCAUCAUCAUCUCGGGGGGAAGUCCGAAGGCCACCCCGAUGGGAUUGAAUUAGGACUCACUUCUGUAUACAUCCCCGCCUGUCAGUGAGCGCGCUAAAGUGACAAUUCCCAUUAGCUUCUUUCAACAACCAACCAACCAACCCACCAACCAUUUUUCUCUUGACUCUGGAGCCAGAAUGCAUUUUGUGGGAACAAGUGUGUCCUGCAAACGAUUUUGACAACCAUAUUUAUUCUGGUUGUACGAAGCGUCGACGCUGUGGUAUUGGUGGUGGUGGUGGUGGCUGUGGAAGUACUCCGACUGGUCUGGUAGUUAUAGCAACAAAAGUGAGUGGUGGUGGUGGUGGUUGAGCAAGUUUGCGGAAGAAAAACGGUUGUAUGGAAUCCAAGGAACAAGCUCCUUCGUGGCCUUCUACCAUGCCCGUGGUCUGGACUCGUAUCCCAGAAUCGUGGAAGAAAUGAAUCAAGGAAAAGUGCAUUCCUUCCCCAUGAAAGUGUGCAUCGAGGAACCUGGAAUGGAUCUUCGAGCAUCCAACUACUAGUUCAACGUAUAGUAUACCUAGUUCCCCCGAAGGCUUGAACAGUGAGCGACAUUUUUUUAGAGGUAAAACUUUUCUUCCUCUAGUUAGGGUUGGUUCGGUGUAUGUACAGUGUAUUUACGUACACAAGUACCUUAUAGAGUGAAGUCCCCGUUUCACGUGAGAUUGUUUUGCAUUCGGUGAGAUAUAAAGGACUUUGCCGGCAACUUCUCAACUUAACGUGGAUUGCUACGAAGACAUAGGUUCAAGAAAUCCCAUCUGAUACGACCAUUGAGCUCACCCGUUUCUCAUUGUGAGGGACACAAGCACGACAGUUUCAUAAAGGCAUAAGGUGAACGUUUCCCUCGUCGUAAAGAUGUACCACACCACACUCAUCAAUAUCCUGUUUCAAUCCAUCGGCAUCAUUUCCACGGUCUUGGUGUGCACAGGUGAUGCCCGAACAGGACAUGUCUCCGUGGAGGUGGCAAACAAUCCGCACCGACACGGACGUUCAAUCAGUGAACAAAUUGGCCUGAGCGAGCCCUACUUUGCCGAGGGUCUUCCAAAUGGACCUAAUCAAGUGCUGAAUGUCACAGCUCAGUUGGGAAUUACCACUUAUUUACAUUGUAAAGUCAACAGUUUGGCUGGAAAAACGGUUUCUUGGCUCAAGAGACACGAUGACACGCCUCAUCUUCUAACAUUUGGGCUCACGACUUACAGCAACGACGCCCGGUUUCAAAUUUUUCAUGAGCAACCCAACGAUUGGAAAUUGCAGAUCCAGUUCCCUCAGCUCAGUGAUCAAGGAAUUUACGAGUGCAUGGUCUCCGCCAAUCCACCUCUCAUUCGCCGACUUCGUCUUCAAGUUGUUGUUCCCGAGAUUGAAAUCGUGGAUGAGCGCGACAAACAAGUGGCCGAGAAAUACUACAAAGGGGGCAGCACAAUCGAGCUCAAGUGCAUCGUGAAGCAAAUUGUCGGUCAGGCCCCUGAAUACAUCAUUUGGCACCACGAGGACCGGAUGCUCAACUAUGACACGGAACGAGGAGGAAUCAGUGUGAAAACGGACCUCCUCAAAAGCGGAGCACUGAGCCGAUUGUUCAUUGCUCGGGCGGGAAAACGAGAUUCCGGGAAUUACACUUGUGGAAUGAGAAAUGCUCAAACCUCUGUGACAGUUCAUAUCCUCAAUGGCGAAAUCCCUGCGGCAAUGCAGUCGGGGUCGUCAUCCCAGAGAGUUCAGAGCGCAUGGUCCUUAUUGGCCUUGCUGGCCUUGUUGGCUCUCACUCAAUAUGUACAACAAAGGUCGCAUUAUGGCCCUGGUACCUCCCCAACAAUGAGCCGUUCCACCCAAAUCCAUGGCCAUACCAAAAAUGUGGAACACGAGAGUCAAACUCACCAAUAUGGACACGAUGGAACCGGAAAUGAGACCACUGAUAGCCAUGAAGAUCGUCCUAGGUUUUUCGACCCCCAGGCCUCGGGAGUGAGGCCGAGGAGCUGUUCUGUCGGCCUCUUCAUUCAAGUGAGGUGAUGGGGCACAUAUUGACAAUUGUAUGCCAAGCGCCUCCCUUGAUUUCCGACAAAUAUCAAAAAAAAACUUCAAAAACCCCGCCCAAUGCCAAGUUGUGUCCAUACAGAAGAGAGAUUGAUUAAUCAAACCUUGAGGUUUUAGUGUGGAUCAGAACCUGGUGUGAGUCAUUUUCACGAGUAAAUCUGAUGAUGGAACAUUCUUCGUUCAUGCCCAACAAGUUGCUCCAAUAUUGGAGCUGCUCUCGAGAAUUCCAGGUCAAGUGUGAAGUUCUACCCAGAAGACAACCCACCCUCUCCCCUCGACUGUUCAAAACCAGAGAUACGAAAAGAAUUGUUCUUCGCCGAGAAAACCACGAGCCGUACUGCACUUCAGACCCUUAAAAGUCCAGAAGGCACUUUGUUUGAAUAAGGCGCGGCAGCAGCACUUUUUCCAUUUUGAAUGGGGGGAGAGCCCAGCAGAACCUCAAUAUAUAAAUUUUAGCGAUGAAUUUUCUUCAUCCCCCACAAGGCUGAUGUCCAUUGUCCAACGUGGAACUAUUCGUUCUAAUCUACAAUGUGGAUUACCUGAGCCCAGAUCCACGGCUUACACUAAGCAAAAACAGGCCUGGAAUGAGUGUUUUUUUGUCUCCUGAUCCACUCUUGCUUUAUCAGUCCAAGGCUACUACUCUACGAGGAGUCACUUGGCUCCUCGUGUGAUGACUGAAGGUUCCAGGGAGCCUCUGGCGUAAUCCCUCCGUCUUUGGUUCCCUGAUGAAGAUCAAGUCGAAAAUUGGAAUGGAACCAAGCGCUCUGAAAGACGUCGUACAUUCCUUCGAUAGUUCGUCGUGAUGAAGUCGGCACAAAAAACUUCGACG